AUGCAAACAGCGACAUUCAAAGGUCAUGAAGAAGUUCUCAUGGCUGUUAAAAACUGGGUAAAAAAAUAUGCUUGUUUUAAGGAAUUGAAUCUAGAAAACACUGUGCAGUCCGAUGUAACAGGUCUCCUGGCUAAUGUUUGUAUGUACAAGGGGACUUGGAAAAAAUCCGAGAAUCAUCUUGUAACAGUUUACAAUUCCUUCAGUUAUACAGAUGAUAUCAAGUAUGAGGCAAGGGUCCUCGUGGUGCCGACGAGCGACGAUGACGUAGUGCUGGCGAUAUUAGUGCCCAACGUUAGUGACGUUUUGAAAGACUUGGCGGCCAAACUUUUCGAAGGGGGAUUGACAUCUGCCCUGAGCAGUAUACAGCCCGCGUUCGCCGCGACUUGCGAGCAAACUAUCCCAACGUUCGAAUUUCAAUCGAUGCAAAAGUUACAGGACUCUAAUAAACAUACGUCGGCGACGCAAUAUGGCGAAGUGAGAGUCGACGGAGGCGGUGUUGACAUUAAGGUUUUGACGUGUUUACCAGUGGACAAAACGAAGUUAAGUAGUGAUGCCAAGGCACCGUCGAUUUGUAACAAGUGUUUCAGUUUCGCUGUUGUUUUUAGGGACAUACCAAUAUUCACCGGGCAGUUGUCACCU